AUGAAUGAUGAUUGCUUAGAAUCAUGUCCUUCAGGUUAUUUUGAUUUUUAAGAUUAUAUUUGCAAACCUUACAUUAGUAAAUCUAAUUUAUUCAUUGAUGAUUUAAAUCAGGAUUAAAUAAGAUAUGAAUAUAUAAAAGAUAUAUGGUCUAAUAAUUUUUAUUAAAAGUCAACUUAUGAAGGAGAUUAAAAUAUUAAAGGGCCUUUUCGAUUUAAUGAUAAAAUUAAAUAUUCAUUCCAAAAAUCAUAAAUCAAUAGCAUUUUGGAAAUUGAAAUUAUGUUUUACUUUUAUGGAGAAAUAAAUGUAUUAAUUUAAUAUAAAAUAUAGGAUUUAAGUGGGUUAUUGUUUUAAGUUAAUAAAUAUUAAAUUGGAGGUGUCGAUUCCAAAUUAGCAACUUCAGAAAUAUAUUCUAGAAGUGGGGUUUUUAAGUAAAUUAUAGAAUGUUAUUACGUGGGUUUUUCAAAAUGCAAAAAAAUUUAAUACUAUACAACAUUAUAAAGUUUUUUAGAAUACGAUAUUGUCUUAGAAAUAGGAUCUUUUCUUAAGUAAUAAUAUUUUUGUAUAAAGUAUAUCAGAUCCAUUCUAAGCAUGGGGAAUAGAUAAAGUUAUAGUGAAUGAGGUUGAGCCAGCAACAAUAUCACCAUAAGUUUGUAGCCUUUGGUAUGAAGGAAAUUGCAUAGAUAAAUGUCCUUCUUAUUCAACCUUAAAUGGAAUUACAUGUGAAGAUUAUGGCAGUAUAUUUAAAAAUCCAAAAUAUAUCUUAAAGGAAUUGUAUCCAAACCAUAUUCUCACAGAUUUUGCAAUGGGUUUAAUGAAUAUAACUACUCCAGAAUAUUAAUAAUUUGAAAAUAGAUUACUUUUUUUCUUUAAUACAAAUAAUUAAGGUGGAAUAUUGUGGUAGAAAUUUAAAAUUACUGUACCUCAUCGUAAAUUAAGGUUGAUGAUUUCAAUAUUGUUAAUUGAUUGGGAGAAUAAUUCAUAAGAUUAUUUUCUUGAAUUAGUUAUUGGUUCAAACCUGAAUUAAAAUCGGCAUAAAUUCUUUGCUGAUUCAUUUAAUUAAUUUAUAGAUUAUUAAAUAAAUUAAGAAUUUCCAGAUUACAUUUAUAGAAAUUAUACAAUAGAUCUAAAUCAUAAUUCUAAGAUUUUCAAUUUGGAAUUGCAUUGUUUUAGUCCUUCAAAUGGAUAUUGUUCAUUAUUUGAUUAUUUUAUUAUUGUUGAAUAGGUAAUAUGAUAAUUAAUUUUUAGUGUGAUCAUGGUUGUUCUGUAUGCAAUCAAAAUGGAGAAUGCAUGAAAUAUAAUAGAGAAUUUGAAAAUCAAAUUAGUUACUAUUUUUAAAAUUAUUAAUGUUUAGAUGAAUAUUAUUAUAGUAAUGAAUAAUGUAUACCUUGCCAAUUUGGAUGUGGAAAAUGCAAUUAGAAUAGAUGUUUCAAAUGUAAGAAUGGUUUUGAGAUAAAGGAAGGAAAAUGUCAUUGCCCAAUUUCAUCUACAGAUGGAAUAUGUUUGAAACCAGAGUAUUGCCCUUAAUAAUGUUAAACUUGUUAAAAAUAUAAAUCCUUCUGUGAUUCAUGUGAUAUAAAAUAAAUGAAGAUAUUAAACAUAUAUUAAUGUGUUUGCAUUAAAGGCUAUUAUCUUAAUAGUAACCUUGAUUGUACUUAAUGUGACAAAAAAUGUACAACUUGUAAUGAUUUUGAAUCAUGCACUAGCUGCAGUGAUCAAACUAAUAGACAAUUAAUUUCAUCAAUGUGCAUAUGUAAAUAAGGCUAUUAUGAAACUGCAGGCAAUCUAAUCUGUCAAUAAUGUCACUACUUAUGUAAAUAAUGUUUUUUUACAUAUGAUUAUUGCAGUGAAUGUGAUACUCAAUUAUUUAGAUAAUUAUCUAAAGGUAAAUGUGUAUGCUAAAUUGGUUAUUAUGAAGAUAAUACAUAAUUAUGUUAAAAAUGUAAUUCAAAUUGUUAUACUUGCAAAUAAGAAAAUAACUGUCUAAGUUGUGAUCUUCAACUAAAUCGAGUAUUGAAUACCAAAUACUUAUGCGAAUGUAAUUAAGGCUAUUUUGAAAAUGAAUUCAAAUUAUGCUAAAAAUGUCAUCAUUCAUGUUUAUAUUGUAAUUAAUCUGAAGAAUCCAAUUAAUGUAUAUCUUGUCCAUCAUCUCGAAUUAAAUCUUAUGAUAAAAUAGAUUAGUUUGAAUGCAAAUGUAGAAAAGGAUAUUUUGAUAUUGGUGUAUUAUAAUGCAUGAGUUGUAAGUAAUAUCCAAAUGCUCUUACAUCUCAUCCAUGUUAUUCAUUUUGUGGAGAUAAAAUAAUCCAUUGGAAUGAAGAAUGUGAUGAUGGAAACAAUGAUUCAAAAGAUGGAUGUAUUGAUUGUUUCUUUUCAACAGAAAAAUGUAGCACAAAAAUUUGUAAAAAAUGUUAUUAAGGUAAUUGUUAAAUCUGUAAUGAUGGCUACUAUUUAAAUAAAAAUAAUGAAUGCUAAGAAUGUUCUUAAAGUUGUAUUACUUGUAUUACAUCUUCAAACAAUUGUCUUCAAUGUAAAUUCUAAUUAGCUGAUCAAACAUGCAAAAUGUGUGAUUAAAAACUCGGAUUAUAAAUAAUAAAUAAUACUUGUUAACCUAUUUGUGGAGAUAAUAUUAUGAUUGAUAAUGAGUAAUGUGAUGAUGGCAAUUUAAUAGAUGGAGAUGGGUGUAAUUCUUAAUGUAUUAUAGAAUAGGGAUUCAUUUGUAAUCCUAUUUGUUAAAUUAUAAAUUCAAUAAACUUUAUUUUAACAUCUGAUUUAUAAGAUAAAUACUUUUAGAGUAAGAGAUACUGCUAUCUUGACUUUAAUUAAGAUGUUAUUAUUGAUGGUAAUUUGUCUUCCAUGAUUAAAUUAUAACUCAACAAUUCAACUAUUAAAUUCAAUUAUGUUAUGACAAAUUUAAGUCUGUAAUCACUUUCAAUUGAAAUUGACUUUUUAGAGAGUAUAGAAAAUCCAAUCUUUUAGAUAGAAAUUAUGUCACCUUAUAAAAUUUCUAAUAAAUAAGGAGUAAUUUUAAUAGAAAAUAUUGAAAGUAUUUAACUUCUUUCUUAUUCUCUUCAAAGUGAAAGUACUUAAACUGCUACAAGUAGUUCAUCUAAUUUUGCAUAUUUUAUAAUAAUAUUUUUAUUGAGUUUAGCUGGAUUUUCAUUUAUUACUGGUGGAUUGAAUAUUUUCUUUAAUUUGUUAGAUUCAAUAUAACUCUUGGCAUAUUUAAAAUACUUUAAUAUUGUUUUACCAUACAAUUUAUAAAUUUAUUUUUAAACUUUUGGAUUUGCUGAAUUCGAUUUUUUAAAAGAAUAUAUAUCUAUUCAGUUAACAAUUCUUGAUUUUGAUUUUAAGAUAUCUGAACAUCAACCAGAUUCAAAAUUUGCAGAGCAAGGAUAUUCUGCUUUAUUUAUAAUAAAUAUCCUAAGUGUACUAUUUGUAUUUAUGAUUACAUUCUGUACUUGUUUCUUAUCGCAAUUAGUUCAUAAAUUAUGCAACUAUUAUAUCAACUAUCUACAAAAUUUAAUUUAGAAAGAUAAUUUCUACAUCCUGAAUAUUUUUGAGUAUUACUUAUACAAUUUAGCUAAACAUAUUAGAUCAUUAACAAAUAUUUAUAAUAUUCAAUAAUAGAAUAACAUUGUAAGAACAUUUAUGUCUGUAGCAAUGGAUUUUAAUAUGGCAAUAUUUUUAUAAUUAAAGAUGUAUACACAGGAUUUGUAAUUUAGUUACUAUUUAAGUAUUUUUGCUUUAAUAGCUCAGUUAUAAUUUAUUUAUUAUGGUUUAAAUGCUAUAUCUAAAAAGAAAUAUGAGUUUGUAACUCAAACAUACAAAUAAAAAUAUGAAUCAUUUUUAGAAGGUAAUCCAGAUAUUCAUUAGAAUUAAUUUGUUAGAUAUUAUAAUAUUUUGAUCUUAAUGAAAAAGAUGAUAUUUAUGUUUGCGUUAAUCUUUUUCUACAAUAAUGCCUGUUAUCAAAUUUCAAUCUCUUCUAUUUUGAAUAUUAUCUUUAUAGUUUACAUAAUAUUGAUUCGUCCUCUUAAAGAUAUAGAUGAAUUCUAUAAAGUGAUUUUAACAGAAUGUAUUUUAUGGUUUGAAUAAUUGAUGAUCCUAAUAAUUUAUUAUAUUUAAUCAGGAGACAAUUUAUUAGAUUAAUCUCAAAUUGAAAGAAUGUAAAUCUUAGGAUGGGUAAUAAUUGCAUUAUCAGUGUUUAUGCUAUUAAUACAAUUUUUAAUUGAUAUUAAAUAGCAUGCUUAUUUUUUAUAUUAAUAGUAUGAAUUUAUUUAAAAGAUGUUUAAAUUUGUAGGUCGUAUUUUUCAUAAAAAAGAUGAAUUAACAGAUUAAAUUGGCGAAGGAUUGAUAAAGGAUGAAAAGAUAGUGAAAUCAAAGGGUAAAAUAAUAUCUUAUGAAUUGAGAGUUGAAAGAAAGUUAUAUUGA